AUGUUUGGAGACUUUUUGAUCCUUUUGAUAUUUCAGUUUGAUUACAGUCAGUCUUUUGUCUUUGUAAAUUCAUUUCAUCUUGUAAUUUAUCUCUUUUUUUUCUUUCUCUCUUUUUUUUUUCUCUCUUUUUCUUUCUCUCUUUUUCUUUUCUCUUUUUCUUUUUCUUUUUCUUUCUCUCUUUUUUCUUUUUUUUUUCUCUUUUUUCUUUCUCUUUUUUCUUUUCUCUUUUUCUUUCUUCUUUUUCUUUCUCUCUUUUUCUUUCUUCUUUCUCUUUUUCUUUUCUUUCUUUUCUUUUCUUUCCUCUUUCUUUUUUUCUUUUCCUCUCUUUUCCUUUUUUUCCUUCUCUCUUUUUCUUUUCCUCUCUUUUUCUUUUCCUCUCUUUUUUUUUCUCUUUUUUCUUUUCUUUUUUUCUUUUCCUCUUUUUUUCUUUUCCUCUCUUUUUUCUUUUCCUCUCUUUUUUCUUUUCCUCUCUUUUUUCUUUUCCUCUCUUUUUUCUUUUCCUCUCUUUUUUCUUUUCCUCUCUUUUUUCUUUUCCUCUCUUUUUUCUUUUCCUCUCUUUUUUCCUUCUCUCUUUUUCUUUUCCUCUCUUUUUUCCUUCUCUCUUUUUCUUUUCCUCUCUUUUUCCUUCUCUCUUUUUCUUUUCCUCUCUUUUUUCCUUCUCUCUUUUUCUUUUCCUCUCUUUUUUUCCUUUCUCUCUUUUUCUUUUCCUUUCUUUUUUCCUUUCUCUUUUUUUCUUUCUCUUUUAUUCUCUCUUUGAUUCAUUUGUUCACAAUUUUUUUUUUUUUUGUCUUCUCAUUUCCCUUCAUCUCUCUCUUCUUGCAUUUUCCCUCUUUUGUGUUUUGCUUCUCAUCUCUUCUUUCUUUCUCUCUCUCAUUUAUAGUUUCAUUUCACUUUUUUUGUCUAUCUCAUAUCUGCUCUCUCUUUCAUGUUUUCUACCUCUUCUGUUUGUACUUUCUCACCCACCUCUUCUCUUUGGCCUCUCUCUCUCUCCCACCUCUUCUCUUUGGCCUCUCUCUCUCCCGCAUCUUCUCUUUGGCCUCUCUCUCUCUCCUCUUCUCUUUGGCCUCUCUCUCUCUCCUCUUCUCUUUGGCCUCUCUCUCUCUCCUCUUCUCUUUGGCCUCUCUCUCUCUCCUCUUCUCUUUGGCCUCUCUCUCUCUCCUCUUCUCUUUGGCCUCUCUCUCUCUCCUCUUCUCUUUGGCUCUCUCUCUCUCCUCUUCUCUUUGGCUCUCUCUCUCUCCCUCUUCUCUUUGGCCUCUCUCUCUCUCUCUUCUUCUUUCUCUCUCUCUCUCUCUCCUCUUCUCUUUGGCCUCUCUCUCUCUCCUCUCCUCUUUGGCCUCUCUCUCUCUCUCUCUCUCUCUCCCCCUCUUCUCUUUGGCCUCUCUCUCUCUCUCCUCUUCUCUUUGGCCUCUCUCUCUCCUCUUCUCUUUGGCCCUCUCUCUCUCUCCGCCUCUUCUCUUUGGCCCCUCUCUCUCUCUCCCUCUUCUCUUUAGCCCCCUCUCUCUCUCUCUCCCUCUUCUCUUUGGCCUCUCUCUCUCUCUCUCUCUCUCCUCUUCUCUUUGGCCUCUCUCUCUCUCUCUCCCCUCUUCUCUUUGGCCUCUCUCUCUCUCUCUCUCUCCCUCCCUCUUCUCUUUGGCCUCUCUCUCUCUCUCUCCUCUUCUCUUUAGCCUCUCUCUCUCCUCUUCUCUUUGGCCUCUCUCUCUCUCUCUCCUCUUCUCUUUGGCCUCUCUCUCUCUCCCUUUGGCCUCUCUCUUCUCUUUUGGCCUCUCUCUCUCCCGCCUCUUCUCUUUGGCCUCUCUCUCUCCCGCCUCUUCUCUUUGGCCUCUCUCUCCCGCCUCUUCUCUUUGGCCUCUCUCUCUCCCGCCUCUUCUCUUUGGCCUCUCUCUCUCCCGCCUCUUCUCUUUGGCCUCUCUCUCUCCCGCCUCUCUCUCUUUGGCCUCUCUCUCUCUCCACCUCUUCUCUUUGCCUCUCUCUCUCUCUCCCGCCUCUCUCUUUGGCCUCUCUCUCUCUCUCCCGCCCUCUUCUCUUUGGCCUCUCUCUCUCCCGCCUCUUCUCUUUGGCCUCUCUCUCUCUCUCCCGCCUCUUCUCUUUGGCCUCUCUCUCUCUCUCCCGCUUCUUCUCUUUGGCCUCUCUCUCUCUCUCUCCCGCCUCUUCUCUUUGGCCUCUCUCACUCUCUCUCCAUUUUCUUCUCUCUCUCCAUUCUCUUCUCUCUCUCCAUUCUCUUCUCUCUCUCCAUUCUCUUCUCUCUCUCCAUUCUCUUCUCUCUCUCCAUUCUCUUCUCUCUCUCCAUUUUCUUCUCUUUGUCCUCUCGUCUCCCUUACCUUUCUCUCUCUCUCUUGUCGUCUUUGUUCUCUCUCUCUGUCCUUCAUCUCUUUGUCCUUCAUCUUCUCUAUCUCACUUUUCUCUAUACUCCCUCCUCUCCCUAUUCUGUUCUCUCUCUUCUGUUCUCUCUCUUCUGUUCUCUCUCUUCUUUUUUCUUUUCCUUGUUCUCCCUUUCUUCCUUCUCCUUUCACCAUUCCUUCUUUUCUCUGUCUUUCUCUCUCUUGCCUUGCUUUUAUAUCUCAUUUUUCCUUUGUUUUUCUUUCACUUUUUUCUUUCCUUUUUUUUUACUUUUUUUUCCUUCUUUUUCCUUCUUUUCACUCCUUCCAUCUUUCUAUCUUUCUAUUUCCUCACCAACAUGGCCAUAAAAAGUCUCCGGCCUUUUUCUGUGGCUCUCGGAAGUCUCCAGUCUUUCUCUUUUCUAUCUGCUCAUACUUUAAUUGUACUUUGUCUUUUCUUUCUGUCUUCACUCUCCUUCUCACUUCAUCUUCUUUAUCUCCUCCUCUUCUGAGACUUUAUUCUUCUCUCACUUCGCUUUACUUUCCUCAUCUCUUUUUCUUUGCACUUUCUCUUUAUUGUUUUUACUUCCCCUUUUUCUUAACUUUCCUUCUAUCCUCUUCAUUCUCCUCCUCCUCUUACCACUCCUCACAGAUGUUCUUAUCUCUUUUUUACUUACCUCCCUCUUUUAUUUAUUUUUUUUUGGCUUUUCCUGCAGUUUCUGCCUCAUUCAGAGGGGGCCUUGUUCUCCUCCCUAGUGUCAUUCUUGCUCUGUUCCCCAUUCUCUGUUUUUCUCUCCUUCCCAUUCUCUGUUUUUCUCUCCUUCCCAUUCUCUGCCUUGCUCUCCUUGUUUUCAAUCUUGCUCUACUCCCCCAUUCUCUGCUUUGUUCUCCUUCCUACUCUUUCUUGUUCUCCUUCUCAUUUUCAUUUUUGCUCUCUUACCCACUCUCUGCUUUGUUCUCCUCCCCAUUUUCAUCCCUGUUCUCCUCCACCCUCUGCUUUGCUCUCCUCUUCUUUCCUUUUCUUUUCCUUUCUCUCCUUUCUUUUCCCCCUUUCUUACUCUUUAUCAAUUCCUUUUCUUCUCCCUUUCCUUUCUUCUCUUUGUUUCUCUUCUAUAUAACUGUUCCUGUUUUCCUCACUAAUCUUCUUCCUGUUUCCUUCUUACCUUCAUCCUAUCUUUGA